CCAUAUUUCCUCAAACAUAGAAUCACAGUGGAUGUUUUAAAUUGAUCAGCAAGGAUCUGAUGCAGAGCCAGCCAAAUAUUAAUUUCAUAUGGGAAGAUCUGUUAUAGAAACAUGCAAAUUCUGCAAAUAGUGUCUGUUGGGCUGACAGUAAAAACAUAAAACUUCAGUUUUGUACUGUACCCUGACUCACCACUAGAGAGUAUUGUCUAUAAAUUGUGAGACAUCUUCUCAUAUAUAGUUGAUAUAAAGUUGAUAGUCCACAUUUGGCUAUAGUACAGGCUAACAGAACUGUUUUGAUGCCUUGAAAAUCCAAUUUUCUAUUUUUUUUAAAACUAUUUUAAACUUUACACAAACAUGAGUAACACUUCAUAAUUAGGCUACAAACACAUGAAGACAGGAGAAGAAGAGGAGACAGUAAUCCACUGAAUCUUGUUGAAAGAUAAAAUUAAACAAACAGGCUCAAAAUCACAUUUUUGUUUGCUCUAAAUACAAAUAUCUUUUAGUUUUGUUCUUUAACAUCAACGUCUCGUGUCCUCUGCAUCUAAUCAGUUAUUGCUACCAGGCUGUGUGCUCUGUGUGAGUCAACCACAGCUUGUAUUAUUGAUAAGCUGGCUCAGUUAUUUAGGUCUCCAAUCUGGUCUAGAAUCAAGCAGAAUAACAGAAAGAGACGACAUGUUUCAUGUUAAUGGUCAUCUAUGGUAAAACGUCACCGUCAGCGUCUUUAUUUUAGUUGCUUUUCCAUUUGUGGGCGUUGUGUCCUCAUUGAAGGUCUGGAGAUGUUUUUCACUUGACUGUCAUUUAUGGAUUUGUUAUAAAUAAUGUUUUUUUCUCUCUUUACUCUUUAUUUCUUUUCUUGGACUUAAUUGUCUAGGUUCUGGAUUUUUAAAUAUAUUUAAAUAGAGUAUUUUCACAAAUGUCAUAAUGUAUAACUAAAAAGAUAAAUCUGAAUCUGUAUUAGCCAUAAUUACUUAAUUACAAGUAAGUCUGACUUUCCUGUUCUUCAUAUUCCUGCUUCCUGCAUGUGUUUUCCUCUCUCAGAAACUGUUUAGUUUCUAUUUAUCCAGUUGGAAUUGUGUUACACACAACAACGAUGCAGUUACAUUUUCGCUGUUCGCUGUUUCGCCGAAAGUUAUCUUCUCUACGCCGUAUUUAAACAUACUGUGGUCAUGUACUUGUACUCAGUGGGCUGAACAAGCGUGUUUUCUUCUGCAGUGGGAACUACUUUUUCAAAUGUCACCCCUUUAUUUUCGUUCGUUUUUAUUUAAAGCGAAACCUCCGCCUGUCUCUGAUUUAACCCCGUCUUCGCGGAUAACCAGGUUGCCAUGGUGACCCUCAUGCAGCAUAACAACAACCUCAGCACCGGGCACGGCUCCGCGUCGGACCCCAGCGCCGCCGCAGGCGCUCUGAGCCGGGCCGGUCACAGCGCAGCGGCCGUGGUCCUCGGGUUCAUCCUGGUCCUGGGCUUCUUCUGUAACUUCCUGGUGCUCCUGGUGUUCUCGCGCUUCCCCGGGCUGCGGACUCCGGUCAGCCUACUGCUGAUCAACAUCAGCGCCAGCGACAUGUUCGUCUGCAUGUUCGGGACUCCCCUCAGCUUCGCGGCCAGCGUGCGUGGCAGGUGGCUGACCGGGUCCUACGGGUGCCGGUGGUACGGUUUCUCCAACGCGCUUUUCGGUGUAGUAUCUCUGGUGUCUCUCUCUCUACUGUCCUAUGAGCGCUACUCAGUGUUGCUCUGCAGCAUCCAGUCGGACUCCUCUCAGUACCGCAGGGCCAGGCUUGCUGUAGCGGCCUCCUGGCUUUACUCGCUGGUCUGGACUCUGCCGCCUCUGCUGGGCUGGAGCAGCUACGGGCCGGAGGGUCCCGGCACCACCUGCUCAGUCCAGUGGCACCAGCGCUCGGCCGCGUCUCGCUCCUACGUCGGCUGCUUGUUCGUCUUCUGCCUUCUCCUGCCUCUGCUGCUCAUGUUGUUCUGCUACGGGAGGAUUCUGCUGGCUGUGCGGGAGGUCAACAGGGUCAACCGGUCCUCAGCUGAGCGGAAGGAGGGCCGUAUCCUUCUGAUGGUGGUCUCCAUGGUGACAGGCUACUUGUUGUGCUGGAUGCCAUACGGCAUUGUGGCAAUGCUCUCCUCCUUUGGACGGCCCGGCGUGGUGCCACCUGCCGCCAGUUUAGUUCCCUCCCUGCUGGCAAAGACCAGCACCGUCCUCAACCCUGUUAUUUAUGUGCUGCUCAACAACCAGUUCUCCAGGUGUUUCCUCUACAUGAUCAGGUGCAGCUCAGAAGCCCCGCCCACCUCAGGCCACCUCACUCCGCCCAGUGACACGGGGGUGUGGCCUCACCCUCCUGACCUGCCAACAGAGGAGCAAAACACAGCACCUGCCAUGUUCACAUCCAGAGACCAGCAGCCCCAGAGGACUGACCCAGUGCUGAUGGUGGACUUUCAAACAUAGAGGUCAAAGGCCAUUUUAACUCGAAGAUCAACAGAUGUCACGUUUACCCUCAUUGUCUUGAGUAGAGCUGCACUUUAUUACCUCAGUCCAGUGUUAUACUUUGCAUCAAUUGUAGCUGAUUUUGUUGUCUAAUCUAAUCUGAAGUCUUUGAAUAUUCUUCAAAUAUUUUUUUCUUUUUUAACAGUCAGAAUAAUGUCUGUCUUAGGGGUUCAUUUGUCAGUUACAUUAAAGUCUAAACAAGAAAGACAAGAAUGUCACUGUCUUCUACGAACCACUAGAGGGCGAUGUGGCUCAGCUGACUGGGGAACAAACAACUUUAACUCCAUUGUCAGGUGACAUUUAGGCUCAUUUUAUUCAUGUUCAACAAUAAACAACGAUUAAAAAUCCUUAAUCCAGAAUAAACAGCUUUCAAAUUCCUGAAUGAAUGGUCAACAUUAAAAUAAUUUAUUACGAAAAUAAACAUACGUCUUUAAAAAUAUACAGUCAUUAUGCUUCAUGGACAUUGGCUGAAAUCUCAGUGAAAGAUUUGUGUAAAGACAUAUUCACAUUUGUGUU